UCACCAUUUUUUCUUAGCCACAUUGCCCUCCGAGGCGAAGGAUGGCCUGACCGUCUCCCCAACGGAACUUGGACUGGUCUAGCGGGUCAAGUGGCUCAUCACGAGGCUGACUUUUCCAUCACAAUUACUGCAUUUGUGGACAUCAGAGUCGCAGAUUUUUUCUUUCUUACCCCAGUAACGCUGGGCAGCCUGGUCGCAUCGUUUCGGCAGCCGCCAAGCUAUUCUGACACUAAUCUCUUGACUUCCUCACUUCACCCCGAAUUGUGGAUUGCGCUAUUAGUUUUAGCCAUUUGCGUUUUUCUAUUGGUCAAGAUUACCGCAUGGAUUGGGAUGAAGUAUAGUGAAUUGGAUAGCUAUGGCGGGGACCAUGAUUUUAAACAUGGUGACGAAGCCGGGUACUGGGUUUUGGUGACGUUCUGCCAACGAAAUUUCGUUGGAAGCCCGAAUGCCACGCCGCUCAGAGUUAUUUACAUUUCGUUAACACUUACCUCCAUCGUGGCAUAUACGGCGUUAUCAGCUACGCUAAUGUCAACCCUAUCAAUAGAAGUGGAUCCUAUUAAAUCGUUUGCGGAAUUGGUGGCGAGCAAAAUUGAAGUUUAUGGGGACGAAUCGGCCUCUUUUACUCACAAAUUUGUGCAGGACAUUGUCGACCGCCGCCGCCAAAGUAAAGGAUACGCCGAAAACACCGGGGGCAACCUGAGUUCGUCCCGAUUCCUCGACUUGAACACCGGCUUACAGAGGACGUUGUCCGAACCCGCGGCAUACGUAACGUUUGACGGCGCACCAAUCGUCAAUUACCGCGCGAUGGGGCUAAGUGAUGAUUUCGUAUGCAAUAAAAUUCGCGUCAUCAAAAUUCCUGGGAGUACUAUUUCAGCCGGGAUGUUUGUUCGGAAAGGAUCCAUUUUGCGGGAGAUUUUUAAUCCAUGGAUUGUCACCUUUUACGAGUACGGAUUCAUAAAAAGGCUUGAGAAAAAAUGGUCGUCCACGGCGGAGAGAAAAUGUCCCAAAAAAUUUAAACAGCACUCCACCCAAGCCAUGGACAUUGGCGAUGUGCACACCCCAAUUUCCGUGUUACUCGGUGGCUUCGUAUUUUCCAUGGUUUUGUUGGCAAUAGAGUUUAAUUAUAAUUUGCUUCCGCUUGGGAGGGACGUUCGUCGUGUGUCGAGGGAGUGGAGCAGCUUUUUAAAAACUUUCAUUAGCAAGGAGAAUGGGUUUAAGAGUCGAGUUCAACGUGACUUUUAAUCCGCGAGUGUUAGAAUUGCUAGGUUAUUCUUACAAGUUAAUAUUGUUAUACGAACGAGUCAAUAAAUCUGAUCAGCAGAAGUGACGAUGUGUAGUUGGCC